AUGGGAGGAAUCAGCGGGAUAUACAUCCUCGACAACAAGGGGAGGAUGAUGAUCAACCGCACAUAUAAGGACGAUGUGCUCGCAAACAUUCCGGAGUCAUUCUACAACAACGUGCUCCUGCAGGAGCCGAACGCCGUGCGGCCCGUGUACCACUGCGACGGAAGCACGUUCUGCUGGAUACUGCACAGCGACAUGUACUUCCUCGCCGCAGCGUCAGCCAACUACAACGUCACCAUGGUCCUCUCAUUCCUCUACCGGUUCGUCAAGGUGCUGGAGGGGUACUUCAAAAACCUGAUGGAGGACCGCAUCCGCGAGAAUUUCGUCAUUAUAUACGAGCUCCUGGACGAAAUGCUUGACAACGGCUACCCACAGGCCACGGAGGUCAGCGUGCUCAGGGAGUGCAUACGCAACCGCUACCACCAAAUGACCAUAGACGCCGUCAAGCCGCCGACGGCGAUGACCAACGCCGUUUCGUGGAGACGCGAGGGAAUCAAGCACAAGAAAAACGAAAUCUUCCUCGACGUAGUGGAGAGUUUGGACAUCGUUGUGUCCGCCUCCGGUGCCGUGCUGCGCUCGGAGAUCCGCGGGUGCCUUAAAAUGAAAUCGUACCUCUCGGGCAUGCCGCAACUAUACCUGGGUUUUAACGAUAAGACGGUCUUCGACAUGGCGGCGGGCAGGGAUUUGGCCGCAUUCGGAGGCGCUGGCUUCAACAGAAACCCGCAAAUGAAGACCGUGGAAUUGGAAGAUGUCAAGUUCCAUCAGUGCGUGCAGCUCGAAAAGUUCGAGUCCGAUCGUACCAUUAGCUUCAUCCCCCCAGACGGAGAAUUCGAGCUAAUGACUUAUCGCCUCAACUGCCCCGUCAAACCGCUUUUCUGGUGCGACAUCAUGGUGAACAACAAGUCCACCACGCGCAUCGAAUUCACAGUGCGAGCAGUCUCGCAGUUCAAGUCGAAAACAAUCGCCAACAACGUCGAGUUCCACGUGCCGGUGCCGCCGGACGUCAAGGAUCCCAACUUCAAGACCACCAUCGGAUCGGGCAAGUACGUCCCAGAUCGUGAUGCCAUCAUUUGGGCGAUCAAGGAGUUCCAGGGCGAGAAGGAGUUCGUGCUUUCCGCGUCGUUCGGGCUCCCUUCGGUCUCAGACGACAACAGAAACGCCUUUGCCAAGAACCCGGUAAAGGUGUCGUUCGAAAUACCAUACUUCACCGUGUCGGGGAUAUCGGUCAAGCACCUCAGAAUUACGGAGAGCUGCGGAUACCAGGCGCUUCCGUGGAUCAGGUACAUCACACAAAAUGGCGAUUAUCAGAUACGCAUGUCGUGA